AAAUAAACCGAUCGAACAAAAUAUGUAUACUAAGCGCUAAUAAUACCAAUAAAAUACACUCAAUUGCAAGGGACCAGUUGGAAAACUUUGAAGUGUGCCAUUAUAUCAGACCCCGAUGCGGAAUAAAACUACUACUCAACGGAAUUAAUGAAAAACUGAAAACCUUCACUAUGGAUGACUUUUGUCUUAUAAUGAUUGGAAAGGAUGAUUUUAAGCGAACACAUAAUAACAUCGACCUCGUAUUCUACAUAAGAGAAACACUUAAGGAAAUUUCUCACACUAACAUAAUUAUAUGUCUCCCAACUUUUGAAUACCAUCCUUACGCAAACAUGCUAAACUGGAGGAUUGAAAACUUCAACAAUUUGCUUCAUCUAGAUAACCUCAUGCAUGAAUAUGCCUACAUAUUGGACUCCAACUUAAACCUUAACUAUGACCAUAGCAUGUUUUAUCACCGAUCAGGCCAAGUAAACAACUAUGGAAUGUCAACAAUAUUUACGGAUUUGAAUCAACUGAUAAACGACAUAUUAUGCCAUAAUAAAAAGGAUAUUGACAAGGUCUCAGAAAAAAUGUUUUUUCGAGACGAAACAAAUACAUGAUUUUGUAAUUAUGCAUCAGAACAUCGCAUCGGUACUCAAAAAAAGAGACUUAAUAGAAAUGGCAUUACAAGAGUUACAACAAAAAAAGAAUUUGAACGUGCAAGCAAUAUGCCUGAGUGAAACCUUCUUGAAAAAAGGUCAUGAAAGCAAUAUACAAUUCAGGGACUUCAAAUUAGCAGCUACCUAUUGUCGAACCAACAAGAAGAGAGGGGGCACGUGCAUCCUAAUAAAGAAAAAUAUAACAGACUUUAAAGAACUACAAAUAACAAAGGAUCUAGCAUCCCAGUCAUCAUUUGAAUGCUGUGGUAUCGAAAUAAUUAACUUAAAACUUAUUAUAAUAUGCAUAUAUAGGGUACCUAAUUUUGGAAAUGUUAACGUAUUCUAUGAUAAGCUCACAAUGUUACUACACAGCAUCGUUAAGAAAAAUAGUAAUAAGAAAAUUGUUAUUUGUGGUGAUUGGAAUAUAGAUAUGUUAAAAGCUAACAAAUACUCAGAAGAAUUAAGUUCAAUUCUAAAAAACCACAACAUGUACCUUAAUAUUAAUUUAGCCACUAGAAGACUAGCAUGCCUAGAUCUAAUAGCAUGUAAUAUAAAAAAUGCAGAGGGAAAUAUCCAUUAUUUGGCAUUGUCAGAUCAUGAAACUGCACAGACUCUUUCAUUUAAAACCAAAUGCAAAGCAGCAAACGACAUUCCAUAUUGGUACGAGGAUCAUAGAGAUUAUUCAAAACAUAAUAUUUUUAAAUUUAGGGAAUGCAUAAAAGCUUUGACAUUUUCAGAUGUUUAUAUGAAGGAUAAUUUAGACGAGGCCUUCAAAGAGUUUCACGAUUUAUUUUUACUAUUCUAUGAUCUUUGUUUUCCGUUCAUACGGAAAAAAUACUCUAAUAGAAAAGUCGGGCUUCCGUGGAUAACAAAAGGUAUUAGAAAAUCUUGUCAUAAAAAAAGGAAUCUAUAUCUAGCAUACAUAAACUCGUCCAAUAACAGAUACGAUAACAGAAUUAGAUAUAAAAAUUACAAUAGAUUAUUACGAUCAUGUUUAAACAAAGCUCAAAAAUUGGUUAAUAGCCAUUACAUUAAUAAAAGCGUCAAUAAAUGUAGAGCAGCAUGGCAGGUGAUAAAAGAUAAUACCAACAACAAUCUUCCUAGAGAAAACUUAGAAAAAAUUAAGAAAGACAAUAAAAUCUUUACGAAUCCAAAUGACUUAUGCCAAGUCUUUAAUGAAUAUUUUAUUGAACUGACUAAUAAACCACCGUUGAAUAACAGCACGAAUGGUUCAUCUAACUUACAUAAUAGUAAACGCGGUCACAACAGCUUUUACGUUACACCCACCGAUACACACGAAAUUAUUAGAAUUAUAGGAUCGCUUAAAAACAGUAAGUCAUUUGGAUACGAUGGUAUACGGACCGAUAUAUUGAAAGGAGUGGCACAACUUAUUAGUAGCCCACUUAGUUACCUAAUCAACAUGUCUUUUGAACAAGGUUUAUUCCCAAAGCAACUUAAACGCAGUAUUAUAAAUCCAAUUUUCAAAAAAGGCGAUAGAUCUGAUUUAAACAACUAUCGACCAAUAACACUCAUACCGGUUAUUUCGAAGGUUUUUGAGAAGGCGAUGUUUGAAAGGCUGUAUAAUUAUAUAACCAGAGAAAAAAUCUUAAAAAACGAACAAUUCGGAUUUCGAAAAGGUUUCUCAACAACACUUGCCUGCUUUAAUUUGAUGAAAUAUGUCACCGAGAGUAUCAACGACGGGGUUCCCUUAGUGGCAAUUUUCCUAGACUUGAGUAAAGCGUUUGACUUUGUAAACCACACAAAACUAUUAAAUAAAUUGCACAGUUAUGGAAUUCGUGGUAUUGCAAAUGACUGGUUCACAAGUUAUCUCAGUGACCGAAUGCAAUGUACUAAAAUAAAUAGAUUACAGAAUUUUUAUAAAAAGGAUUUUUUCUCUGACUGUGUGAUAAAUGAUACUGGAGUCCCCCAAGGAAGCAUUUUGGGUCCAAUAUUAUUUUUAUUGUACAUUAAUGAUCUUCCCGACACAAUACGACACAAAUGUUUACUUUAUGCUGACGACACGACUAUAUUAAUUAAAGCAGAUAAAACUUAUGAUCUUGAAACUGAAAUAAACAACACAAUAAAAACAUUGAUGACAUGGUUAGAUAGUAAUAAUAUGAAAAUAAAUAUUGACAAAACAAAUAGGAUACAUUUUAAGACAACUCAAUCGAGAGACAUUAAAUUAAAUAUCCAUUAUCAAAAUAAAUCUAUCAAUGAGGUCGAAACAACUAAAUUUCUAGGUGUAAUUCUCGACAAACACUGCACUUGGAAACCACAUAUCGAUAAUGUGUGCAAUAAACUAGACAGAUUUGUAUUUGUAUUAAAAAGAUUAAAAUACGUUUCAAACAAUGAAGCAAUGAUGUCGGCAUAUUACGGUUAUGUCUCCUCUAUACUAAAUUAUGGAAUUAUUCUCUGGGGGAACUCUGUUGAUUCCGAAAAAGUAUUUAAAAUACAAAAAAAAUGCAUGCGUGCGAUGUGUGGGGCAGGCUAUAGAGAUAGUUGUAAGCCACUCUUCAAAAAAUUAAAAAUAUUGCCAUUGCCAUGUUUAUAUAUCAAGGAAUUAUGCCUAUUUGUAAAAAAACAUCCUGAUAAUUUUAAGACGCAUGAACAGGUAUUAGAAAAGACUACUCGCCACAAGAACAGAUUGUAUUUGCCCAAAAUUAAUUUAACGUUAUAUAAAAGAAAUGUAUUUUGUAUGGCUAUAAGAGUUUUCAAUAAACUGCCAGCUUAUAUACAGGGAGCUUCUAUGCCUGAAUUUAGAAAUGUAUUGCACAAGUGGCUGCUCGAUAAAUGUUUCUACUCUGUAAAUGAGUUUUUUUAGAAUUAAAUAAUUGUGAAAUUUUAUGUAUUAAUAUUGGUUGUGUGUUAUUUUAUGUAAUUGACAUUUAAUUGUAAUGAUUAGUAUAAUUGGAUUGUUGACAUUGUUAUGAUUUUAUCAAAUGACUUUUCAUAAGAUUAUUAAUAUUUUGACAUGUUCUCCUAAUUAACUUUCACAUGCCAGUCAUGGCAAGGUACACUGUAACGAAAUUGAUUAUUUACAAACAUCUAAUGGACGUGUAUUUCUGUGAAUAAAUGAAUUUGAAUUU